AUUUUAAUUUUUAUUUUUAUUUUUACUUUUAUUUUUAUUUUUAUUGCUAUUUUUAUUGCUAUUUUUAUUGCUAUUUUUAUUUUUAUGUUUGUUAAUUUUAAUUUUUAUUGCUAUUUUUAUUGCUAUUUUUAUUGCUAUUUUUAUUUUCUUUAUUUUUAUUUUUUAAAUUUUUAUUUUUAUUUCAUUAUUUAUAUUCAUUAUUUUUAUUUUAUAAAUGUUAUUUUUUAUUUUAAAUUUAAUUUUUAUUUGUAUUUUUAUUUGUAUUUGCAUUUGCAUUUUUAUACUAAUGAUUUUAAAUUUUUAUUUUAAUUUAUUUUAAUUUUUUAUUUUGAUCCUUAUUUUGGUCCUUAUUUUUAUCCUUAUUUAUUUUAUUUCUAUUUUUAUUAUUCCUAUUAUUUCUAUUUCUAUUUCCAUUUCCAUUUCUAUUUCCAUUUCUAUUUCUAUUAUAUUUUAAUUUCAUUUUCAAAAAAUCAAAAAAAUCAAACUAUUUGCCUUAAAAGAUCCAAAAAUCAAAAUAUCCGCCUUAAAAAUAUCAAAAUAUCAAAAUAUUAGUUUUUUAAAAAUCACAAUAUUCGCCUAAAAUUUUUAAAAAUCGAAAUAUUCGCCUUGAAAAAUCACGACAUCGGCCUUAAAAAUAUGGAAAUAUCAAAAUAUCCGUCUUUAAAAAGUCCCAAUACCCGCCUUACAAAAUCAAAAAAAAAUCAAAAUAUCCGCCUUAAAAAAAUAUCAAAAAAAUCGAAAUAUUCGGUUUUAAAAAAUCGCAAUAUCCGCCUUAAAAAUAUCAAAAAAAUGAAAGAACCCGUCUUUAAAAAACCCAAAAAUCACAAUAUUCACCUUAAAAAAACCCCGCGAUAUCCGCCUUAAAAAAAAUCCCCAAAAAAUCAAAAUACCCGCCUUAAAAAAAACAAAAAAUAAAAUCAAAAUACCCGCUUAAAAAAAAAAAAACCAAAAAAACUCAAAAUUCCCGUCUUAAAAAAUAUGUUUAAAAACUCAAAAUACCCGCCUUAAAAAAAAAUAAAAAAUAAAAAAAAUCAAAAUUCCCACCCUAAAAAAAUAAAAUCAAAAUUCCCACCCUAAAAAAAUCCAAAAGAAAUCCAAAAUUCCCGCCUUAAAAAACAAAAAAAAAAAAUCGAAAUUUCCGCCUUAAAAAAUAUCCAAAAAAUCAAAAUACACGCUUUUAAAAAAACCCAAAAAAAUCAGAAUUCCCGCCUUUAAUCCUCGCUUUUUUUUUUUUUUAAUGGAUUAAUUAAUUUUUUUUCUUCCCCUCGCGGGUCCCGACUUUUCCUUUUUUUAAAAAAAAUUAUUUUUCUCUUUUUUUUUUAAAUUAUUUUUUUUUCUUCCCCUGGCUGGUCCCGACUUUUCUUUUUUUUUUUUUUAUUUUUUCUUUAUUUUUUUUAUUAUUUUUUUCCCCCCUCUCAACUCCCGUCUGUUUUUUUUUUAUUAUUUAUUUAUUAAUUAUUUUUUUUCUUCCCCUCGCGGCUCCCGUCUGGUUUUUUUAUUUAUUUAUUAAUUAAUUAUUUUUUUUAAUUCCCCUCGCGGCUCCCGACUUUUCCUUUUUUUUUUUUAAUUAUUUUUCUCUUUUUUUUUAAAUUAUUUUUUUUUCCUCCUCGCAGCUCCCGUCUGGGUUUUUUUUAUUAUUUAUUUAUUAAUUUUUUUUUUUCCCCCUCGCAACUCCCGUCUCUUUUUUUUUAAAAUUUAUUUAUUAAUUAUUUUUUUUUUAUUCCCCUCGCGGCUCCCGACUUUUCCUUUUUUUUUUUAAUUAUUUUUCUCUUUUUUUUUUAAUUAAUUUUUUUUUCCUCCUCGCAGCUCCCGUCUGUUUUUUUUUUUUUUAUUUAUUAAUUAAAUUUUUUUUUCUUCCCCUCGCGGCUCCCGUCUGUUUUUUUUUUUUUUUAAUUUAUUAAUUAUUUUUUUUUUAAUUCCUCUCGCGGCUCCCGACUUUUUCUUUUUUUUUUUUAAUUAUUUUUCUCUUUUUUUUAAAUUAAUUUUUUUUCCCCCCUCGCAACUCCCGUCUGUUUUUUUUUUAUUUAUUAAUUAUUUUUUUUUUUAUUCCUCUCGCAGCUCCCGUCUGUUUUUUUUUUUAUUUAUUAAUUAUUUUUUUUUUCUUCCCCUCUCGGCUCCCGUCUUUUUUUUUUCCUUUUUUUUUUUUUUUGUUUUGUUUAGUUUUUUUUUUUUUUUUUUUUUUUAUUUUUUUUGUUCUCUCACCCGUCCCACGAGCACCGACGCCAUCCAUCCUGGGUCGGGACGGCGAGGGAGGAUGACACCGAUUGAUUUACACCGAGCCCGACUCUUUAUCAGGGCUCCCGAAAAAAAAACUUGCACCAAUCAUUUCCCCGCCAGCUCUCGACACGAACAGCCCCGACCGGACUUUUGUUGGCUCGCCAAGUUGGGUUUUAAACGGGGAGAAAAAAAACAAAAACAAAACUAAACAACAACCAAUAAAAAAAAUUCAUAAUUUAAGCGAAGAAAAUAAAAUAUUUUUAUUAUAUAUUUUUUUUUUCCCCCCGUUUUUUAACGGCUGUUCGUUUUUUUUAAAAUUUUUUUUUCUUUUUUUCGUUCGGAUUCUUUUUUUAAAUCCUUUUCCAUUCACCUAUUUAUUUAUUAAUUACAUAUAUAUUUUUUUUUCGUUGUUGUUUUUUUGUUUGGUUUUUUUUUUGGGUUUUUUUUUUUUAUUUUGCUGUAGGUUUUUUUUUUGUUUUGUUUUGUUUUUCUUUGGGUUUUUUUGUUGUUGUUGUUGUUUUUUCCCCUCACUGCUCCGCUCCGCGUACGAUGCCUGACAAUGUCCAUCUCUGGCACCCUCAGCAAUUUUUAUGUCGGCUCCAUCAUAAACCACGAGAGCGAAGAUUCUCCUCCCGUUAAAUUCCCGGCCGCUCAAUAUCCCGCUCCCCGACAGAACGCGGCCGAUCCUUUGGAAUUUCCCUCGUGCAGUUUCCAACCCAAACCGGCGAUUUUUGGAACUUCUUGGAAUUCUUUCAACCCCGCGGGCGGAGCCGCCGCUUUCCCCCCGUACUCUCCGCAGCAGAGCGCGCUGCUCCCCGAUAAUCGAUAUUUACGGGCUUGGUUGGAACCGCUGUCGCGACAGGAAUCGGGAUCCGUCAAAUCCGAAACGCCGAGGAAUAACCGGGAAUUCCGAGGGGAAGGUUCUGUCGCCAGGGAAGGGGGAAUCGCGACAGCUGCAGGGCAAGGGAGGAUGGAGGAUGAUAAAGUUUGCGCAGGAAGAGGAGAUAAAGACGGGACGGAUCAAACCAACCCCGCCGCCAGCUGGCUCCACGCUCGCUCCUCCCGCAAGAAGCGCUGCCCGUACACGAAAUUCCAGACGCUGGAGCUGGAGAAGGAAUUCCUGUUCAACAUGUACCUGAGCCGCGAGCGGCGGCACGAGGUGGCGCGGCUGCUGAACCUGAGCGAGCGCCAGGUGAAAAUCUGGUUCCAGAACCGCCGCAUGAAGAUGAAGAAAAUGAACAAAGAGCAGGGCAAGGAGUGA